AUGCAGUGCCGACAGCGGGUUGCUUACUACCUGGCAAGUCAACAGGAAGAGAUCGAGACGAAGUACGAAGAGGCUCGACAGAGGCACAAGAAGGCCCAGGAAACGCGUGAGGAGAAGAGCCUUGCAAAGACGCAGAAGUUUAAGGCCAGACAAAAAGCCAAAGUCUCUACGCUUUCGUAA